CGUCUGUUUCACUAUUUUUUGGCCGGGCCGGACCGAAGUAGUAUGCCGUAUGAGCCUUUAAACAUGGGCUGGGUCUUUAACGGAACAUCGUUGAGGAAGCCGCAGUGCAACCGCUUUCUUUAGAUCAGAAAGUUGAACAGGACCCCAAUUGUUGCUCGUUGUUGUAGGUUCGGCUGCAGUGUGUGAAAUUCGAACUCCUGAGAUUCCCUAUUCACUCCCUCUCUCCCUCUCUCUCUCUCUCAUUCAUGGCCACCCUCUCUACCUUCCCAUCCCCGCCCUGGCCCAAUUCUAACCCUAACCCCAACUCUAAUCCAAACCCUAAUUUUGUCACUCAAGAGGAACAGUCUAUUCCCCUCGACUCUCAGAACGAUUCGGCCAUCUCUUUCCGAUCAAUUGAUUACCAAUCUAUCGGAUCCCAUGGCGACGAACCCGACGACCACGACCACGAUCAGAACGCUAAUCCUAACAUCUACAAGGCGUUUCCGGCGCCAUAUGAUCCGCCAACGCUUGAACCCCAUGGCCAUGGCCGUAACGAGAACCCUAAUCCUAAUAUUCCUAAGCCGCUUGAUCCGCCAACUCUGCUCCACCUGUCGUUCAACCAGGACCAGGGGUGUUUCGCUGUGGGUACUGACUGCGGGUUCCGGAUUUUCAACUGCGACCCGUUUCGCGAGAUCUUCCGCCGGGACUUCGACGACGGGGGCAUCUCCGGAGUAGAGAUGCUCUUUCUGUGCAACAUCCUGGCUCUCGUCGGCGGGGGACCCCACCCUCAGUACCCACCCAACAAGGUCAUGAUUUGGGAUGACCACCAGGGCCGCUGCAUCGGCGAGCUAUCUUUUCGCUCCGACGUCCGCUCCGUACGGCUGCGCCGCGACAGGAUCGUAGUCGUACUGGAGCAGAAGGUCUACGUGUACAAUUUUACCGACUUGAAGUUGCUCCACCAAAUCGAGACUAUCUCGAACCCUAAGGGCCUCUGCGCGGUAUCCCAACUGGCGGCGUCGCUGGUCCUGGUCUGCCCCGGGUUGCAGAAGGGACAGGUUCGGGUUGAGCACUAUGCUUCGAAGAGAACCAAGUUUAUCAUGGCGCACGACUCGAGGAUUGCCUGCUUCGCGCUCACGCCUGACGGGCAGUUGCUCGCUACGUCGAGCUCCAAGGGGACUCUGGUCCGGGUUUUCAAUAGCAUCGAUGGAACACUUCUUCAAGAGGUUAGGAGGGGUGCAGAUAGAGCAGAGAUCUACAGCUUAGCAUUCUCUUCAACAGCCCAGUGGUUGGCAGUCUCAAGUGACAAGGGAACCGUCCACAUUUUUAACCUUAAGGUUAAUCCUGGAUCACCUGGGAUUGAGAAGUCACGAUAUGCAUCUGAUUCUAAUCUUGCUGUUACUCAAUCAAGCUCAUCUCUCUCUUUCAUUAAGGGAGUGUUGCCAAAGUAUUUUAGCUCAGAGUGGUCGGUUGCACAGUUCCGCUUGCCUGAGGGUUCUCAUUACAUUGUUGCUUUUGGUCACCAAAAAAAUACCGUGGUAAUUCUUGGCAUGGAUGGAAGCUUCUAUCGUUGUCAAUUUGACCCGGCCAUUGGAGGAGAGAUGACGCAGCUGGAAUAUCACAACUUUCUGAAGCCAGAAGAAGCUUUCUGAUGCCACGUGUACAUAUUAUAUCGUUGCGACAUAUAAUAUUCUUUUGUUAACUUUGGUUCUUUUCUUUCCUUGAUAUAGGAUAUGGGUAAUCACGUUGUAAAUAUACGAGUAGUAUAAAUUAUGCUACUGGCCUUCCAAAACCAAAAAAAAAAAAAAAAAAAAAAAAACAAGUGAAAAAUGAAUGCAAUAACUUUCUGUAUCUGUUCAUCACAUAAUUUAAGAUGCAAGUGGUCGUGCUGGACGCGUAUA